GUCGUUCAAAGCGGCACCGAACUUGUCCGGCGGAUGAAUAUGUCGAACGGCGGCCCUCUUUCCUUAUAAACCGGGUCUCCUUUCUCUUUUGCCGGUUCUUCAGUACCACUGCCGGUCCUUUUCCAGUUGUCCUCUUGUCCUCCGUCUACUUAUUUUAGUUUUUUGUAAAUUUUUACACCAAAACGCACAACAUGCCUGGAUAUGCUGACAGAGACCGCGGCAGGGACAGAGACAGAGGCUAUGGCGGUGGACCUCCCCGGUUCGGUGGAGGCCGUGGUGGUGGAGGAGGUGGUGGGAAGUUCGGCAACCCCGGUGACCGGCUGAGGAAGAAGCACUGGAACCUGGACGAACUCCCGAAGUUCGAGAAGAACUUUUACCAGCAGCAUCCCGACGUGGCCCAUAGGUCACCGCAAGAGCUUGAACAGUACAGAAGGACCAGAGCCAUCACAGUCAAAGGGAGAGAAUGUCCAAACCCCAUCACGAAGUUCCAUGAAGCUAGCUUCCCCACUUAUGUAAUGGAGGUGAUCAACAAACAGAAUUGGACAGAACCAACACCCAUCCAGUCUCAAGGUUGGCCUUUGGCCCUCAGUGGCCAGGACAUGGUUGGCAUUGCACAGACUGGUUCUGGCAAGACGCUCGCUUAUCUGCUGCCUGCAAUUGUCCACAUCAACCACCAGCCUUUCCUGGAACGUGGCGAUGGUCCAAUUUGUCUGGUGCUAGCCCCAACUCGUGAGCUUGCACAGCAGGUGCAACAGGUGGCCGCAGAAUAUGGCAGAGCUUCUCGUCUGAAGUCCACCUGCAUCUACGGAGGAGCACCAAAGGGGCCUCAGCUUCGUGACCUGGAAAAGGGUGUCGAGAUUUGUAUCGCCACUCCAGGAAGGCUCAUCGACUUCCUUGAGGCAGGAAAGACCAACCUCCGCAGGUGCACGUACCUUGUGCUGGAUGAGGCAGACAGGAUGCUGGACAUGGGCUUUGAGCCACAGAUCAGGAAGAUUGUUGAUCAAAUCAGGCCUGACCGACAGACUCUGAUGUGGAGUGCCACUUGGCCUAAAGAGGUCCGCCAGCUGGCUGAGGACUUCCUGAAGGAGUACGUUCAGAUCAACGUCGGAGCACUGCAGCUUAGUGCCAACCACAACAUCCUGCAGAUCGUUGAUGUUUGCAAUGAUGGAGAGAAGGAGAACAAACUCAUUCGUUUGCUUGAAGAGAUCAUGAGCGAGAAGGAGAACAAGACCAUCAUCUUUGUCGAGACAAAGAGGAGAUGUGAUGAUCUCACGCGCAGAAUGAGGAGGGAUGGGUGGCCGGCUAUGGGAAUCCAUGGUGACAAAAGCCAACAGGAGAGAGACUGGGUUCUUAAUGAGUUCAAAUUUGGAAAAGCUCCAAUACUCAUUGCUACAGAUGUUGCCUCCAGAGGUCUAGAUGUUGAAGAUGUGAAAUUUGUCAUCAACUUUGACUACCCCAACAACUCUGAGGACUAUAUCCACCGCAUUGGCAGAACUGCUCGUAGCCAAAAGACGGGCACUGCCUAUACCUUCUUCACCCCCAACAACAUGAGGCAGGCUGGGGAUCUCAUCUCUGUGCUUCGUGAAGCCAACCAGGCCAUCAACCCCAAGCUGAUUCAGAUGGCUGAGGAAAGGGGAGGUCGUUCAAGAGGCGGUAGAGGUGACUAUAGGGAUAGGGACAGGUUUUCCUCUGGAAGGCGCGACUACGGCGGCGGUAGAGACCGGGACGGCGGUAGAAACUUUAAUGGACCCAAGUCCUUUGGCACAAAUUCACAGAAUGGAGGCUAUGGCAGCAGUAAUGGUACCAGCAAUGGCUAUGGUGGUGGAAACUACGGUAAUGGACAAUCCAACUUCAACAACAGCCAAGGAGGAUCCUUCGGUGGUCAGAACAACUUCCAGAACCAACAGUUUACUCCAAAUAACGCUGUUGCACAGAACGGUGCGAGCCACCCCCCAUUCCCCUUCACUCAGGGACAGGCCCAACAGCAGCAUCCUCCACCAAUGGCACCAUACUCCAUGCCUCCUCAGUUCUCUCAGUAACGCAUCGUAAACUUAAAACAUAAUUUAUUGCUUUUGGUCUCAUAAGUUCUAUACUUAAUCCAAAUUUUUGUAUUCACGCAACAGGGUUACGUCAACCUAAAGCCUUUUAAGAUCUGCAGUGCAGCGAUAGUUGUGUUGCACACUUAUUUAAUUUGUUACAUUCCUCGGAAACGUUUAGUUAUGUUUUGUACCAGGUAAUUACGUGUAUUUGUUUUCAUGUGUAGCAUUGAAAGUGAUGUUCAGCUCUUGCCUUGGAAGUGCACUGCAUGAUCUUUCAAAUAAAAUCCUACAGAAAGACA